AGUCUGACAUUUUGAGUUUCGACUGAUAAAAAAAAUUAUCAUGAAACUAAUUUCGACAAAGUGUUGACGACUUAAAUAUAUUUACUUUAAAAUUAAAACAUGUAAUUUGUAGAGAAAAGUACACGUGUGUUAUUGUGAGUGGCGGUCGUGAGCAACUGUGCAUAUCAAAUAUAGCUUGCACAAACAUUUCAUGCAAUACAAUUUACAUUAUUUUUGGGACACGUAAGUCUCGGCUUAUUGCAAAACCGUUACAAUUAAAUGUAAAUUAUGGAUAAUUUAAGACUUUACAUCGUUUGGCUGUGUUUUGUGCUAUCGGCGGCCGAACUUUUGGGCCCCGAGGCACGAAAGAAAAACUCGGAGGAUGAUGAUGACAAUUCCUUAGAGGAACUGAAAGAAGAAGGUAAAAUUGAUCCGGAUCUACUCAACGAGAUAUCUGAGGCGAUGAAUCUGGAGUUUAAGCAAAUGAGAGAGAUGCGGGAGUACAAUGAAGCAAUAAGAAAAACAGUUGGCCUUCUUAAAGGAGAGGAAGAAGAUAAAGAAUCAGAAUUAGCAGAAAGUAGUUUAGACCAAAUGGAAAAAACACUAAAAAUGUUCAAGACAACAUUGUUCAGGCACGAACCUAACUGGAUACAAGAUGUCAAGAGUAUUUCUUCACCAGAGGAUGAAUUUGAGAAACCCGCAGAAAAUCCUCAGGAUAUACUGGACAUGUUGCCACCAUUACCUGAACAAGAGGAGCCAGAACUGUCACCUGAGCUGUUAGAAGCAAAAGAGUUAUACGAGGCAGCAGUGGACAAGUUAGAACGAAGAACACCGGACCUACGUGGCGCGAUACUGCAAGUAAAGCACGCUGCUGACAAGGGCUAUGUCCCCGCUCAGAUCAAGUUAGCCUGGUCCUACAUCUAUGGUGAGGGAGUGGAGCUCGAUGUGGAGAAAGCUAAGAAUAUAUUCGAAGGGUUGGCUGCGGAGGGAAAUGCUGAUGCACAUGCUGGCAUGGGUUUUCUAUACGCCACUGGUAUAGCAGUACCAGUUUCCCAGGCGAAGGCCCUCGUUCACUACACCAUGGGUGCCGUUGGAGACAGUGACUACGCGCAGAUGGCGCUGGCCUACCGCUACUGGGCUGGCGUUACCCUCACAAGCUCCUGCCCUAAAGCAAUGGAACUCUAUAUGAAGGUUGCGAAUAAAGUGGCGAGUCAAGUGAGCCUCAGCGGCGGGCCGGCGGUGCACCGCGUGCGGCUGCUGGACGAGGCGGACGGCGUGUCCACCGGCUCCGCGCUCGACACCGACCUCAUCGAGUACUACCAGCUGCUCGCUGAGAAGGGCGACGUGCAGGCGCAGAUCGGACUCGGUCAGCUACACUUCCAAGGCGGGCGCGGGGUGACUCUGGACCAGAACAAGGCGUUGCAUUACUUCAAGCAGGCUGCCAAGUCUGGCAAUGCAGUCGCCAAUGCUUUCCUUGGCAAGAUAUACCUGGAGGGUGGAGAUGGCAUCAAAGCUGACAACGAGACAGCUUUUGAAUAUUUCAAAAAAGCAGCUGAGUUGAACAAUCCGGUGGGACAGAGUGGUCUGGGUAUCAUGUACUUACAGGGUCGUGGUGUACCGAAAGACACAGCGAAAGCGUUCAAGUACUUCACCAUAGCUGCUAACCAAGGCUGGGUCGAGGGACAAUUGCAUCUCGGCUUUAUGUACUUUGGCGGUAUCGGCGUGCGGCGCGACUUCAAGAAGGCGAACAAGUACUUCUCGCUGGCGUCGCAGUCGGGCCACGUGCUGGCGCUGUACCACCUGGCGCAGAUGCACGCGCAGGGGCUCGGCGUCAUGCGCUCGUGCCCCACCGCCGUCGAGUUGUUCAAGAACGUGUGCGAGCGCGGGCGCUGGGGCUCGCGGCUGAUGCUGGCGCACCGCGCCUACCGCGCGCGCGACUCGGACUCCGCCUUCCUGCAGUACCUGGCGCUGAGCGAGCGCGGCUACGAGGUGGCGCAGAGCAACGCCGCCUUCCUACUAGACGAGGGCGAGGCGCGGUUAUUCCCCGCGCAAGAGCGCUGGGUGCGCGCCUUGCAGCUGUGGGCGCGCGGCGCGUCCCAGGGCUGCGCCGGCGCACGGGUCAAGCUCGGCGACUACCAUUACUACGGGCUGGGGACCCCGCGCGACCUCGACGCCGCGGCACAUCACUAUCGCAUCGCGUCAGAGCAGUUGCACAGCGCACAGGCGACGUUUAACCUUGGGUAUAUGCAUGAGCGCGGCCUGGGGCUGGCCCGCGACCUGCACCUCGCAAAACGCUGCUACGACUUGGCGGCGGAGGCGUCGGCUGACGCGCGACUGCCCGCCGCGCUGGCGUUGGCGCGACUGCACGCGCACUCGGCUAUUGAGAACAUGCUGGAGUCUUUCUGGCAGAGUCCGCUAGCAGUGCUCUUCCUGACGGGCGACUCGCCGCUGCUGUCCAACUGGGACAUCUACCUCAUCACGGCGCUGGCCGGAGCCCUGGGGCUCGUGGUCUACCUGCGCAGGCCUCCGCAGCCGGCCAACUGAACUGAGAACUGAACGACCUAGGGAGACGUGUUGUGUGAGACUCUUGAGUUACUUAUGUGGUGUGAAUUGAAACUGUUAGGUAUGCGUUCCUUUUGUUAGCUUCGGGUACACUGACCAACAUGGGCGUAGCCAGGAUUCUAUCUGGGGGGGGGGGAGGCUUAGCUAUAAGCUAUAGCUUAAAUUGAGUAUUUCACAUUACAAAUUGAUGACCGAAGUUAAAUCUUUGAAUAUCUUAAAAUUUGGUAUGAAGCCACAUAGACCGCCCGCUGGGAGGGGGGGGGGGGGCUGACAAACCAAUCACAAGUCUUAAAAAAAUGUAGUACGACUCAGCCUGUAUGUUUAACGAUCUUUGCUUGUACCUGUUACGGGACAAAUUAAAGAUUAAUUUAAAAUGUUGUAGCUAUAUAUAAUACACUAUAUACGUUGUUGCAAAGUUUUUUUGAUAAAGUAACGAUUUCAUUAUUAUAAUGGAAUUAUCAAGAUAUAAGUAAAUAGCCGGGUGGUUAGGGUAAGUCAGGCCCAGGGAUGGGCAAUUUAUGUCCAUUCAAUUUGACCUUUAUUUAUGUCCAUUCAAUUUGACUACUUAUUGAUGAUUGAUUUUAAGAUUUUCGAAGCGUUAGCGUUAGUGGAUGAUAUUAAAGUGGUAUUUUUAUAUGCUUUUAAAUACCGCUAAAUAAUUCUCUGGACUUGGUUGUUAGUAAUGAAAAAAUUAUGUAAAUAUAUAAAUUAAAAAAAAGACAAAGGAUGUUUAGUCAAUCUGUAGUUAAAUUUUCUUAUUUCGUUUAAAAUAUUGAUUACUAGGUCUAACGCAAGCUUAAACGCCCAGUGUGCCCGAGGUAUUAAUCAUAAUGUGACUUUUGUAUAGACGUUCUAUUUUGUGAUGGAGAUUUGGCUUUGAAUUGUUAAUUGGGAUGGGAUUUAUUUAGAGUGGUACAUAAGAGAACCUUGCAUGUUUUUUAAUAAUUCCACCAAAUAUAAGAGCACAAAAUAAAAUGAUCAAUCAUUUGACGGCCUCCGUGGCGCAGUGGUAUGCGCGGUGGAUUUACAAAACGGAGGUCCUGCGUUCGAUCCCCGGCUGGGCAGACUGAGAUUUUCUUAAUUGGUCCAGGUCUGGCUGGUGGGAGGCUUCGACCGUGGCUAGUUACCACCCUACCGGCAAAGACGUACCGCCAAGCAAUUUAGCGUUCCGGUAUGAUGUCGUGUAUAAACCUAAAGGAGUGUGGAUUUUCCUCCUCCUCCUAACAAGUUAGCCCGUUUCCAUCUUAGACGGCAUCAUCACUUACCAUCAGGUGAGAUUGUAGUCAAGGGCUAAAUUGUAAAGAAACGAACAUGUCAGAUUAAGAUAAAGUGGGUUAGCUAAUACCUAAAACAUUUACGUUUCGAAAAUUUGAUGACUUGACCGUCACCUAAGGCAGUGGGUGAAUUGAAAAAUUGCAACCUUCUCUUACGUUAAUAAAAAAAAAUCAUAAUACAAGCAAAACAAAGCCGUCAAUAAAAUGGAAAAUCUAUUCAAGAUUGUCGCUUAACUAUAGCGGAAUGGGUAAUAUGAAUUGUGUUCAAAAUACUUGGCUAAAAUAAUAUUUAAAAAACAACUUUUAAAUAGGAAAUAUUGUGGUACUCGUAUGUUGCGGAAUAUUUUAAUUGACCAUUGAAAAUGUGUUAAAAGUGCAAUAUUUUAAUAAAAUAUUUUAAUCUAAUCGGCAAAAAUAACUUUAGACCUUAUUUAUUUAUGUAUAUGUAUUGUACACCACAAAACAAGGAAACAAAUAAGAUAUUCCAAUUGUGUGAAAAUCGCUUCGUGAAGUCUUAGCCUUAAACUGUUUUUAAUAACAACAUUUUUAGAAAAUGGUAAAAUAAUAAAAUGUGCACAUAGUUCGAGGUUUUUGUCUGCGUUGUUUGCAUAUAUUGAAUUGAAAAAUAAAUUAUAAAAUUGUAUUUUUAAGUGUCGAGAAAAGGUUCCCAAAUCUAACGAAUGACGUUAUGACAUUACUAUUUUAGUUCGUACACAUGGCAAAACUAUUACAAUCAUAAAAGGUAUAAUAUUUUAGGAUGACAUUACAUACAUUUACACAUUGUAUUUAUAGUGUCUAUGAAUAAGCACAAGGCGUGACGUCAUAAUGAAAAUUUCACUAAAAGUGUCUAUAACACCCGGUUGGUUGAGAAAUGGAACAUUCAUUGCACCUGUAGUGUUUGUGUAUACUAAAUACAUACCUACAAUACUACAUACACUAUCUCAUGUAAAUUGGUAGUGGGGGCACCGGGCAAUGAGUCAGUCUGUCACCGGCGUUCGACCUGAGUGGACGUGCGCGGUCUGCUUGCCUUACCAGUGUAGAGAUGAGCCAGUGUUUAGCUUCUCUUAUAGCAAGGACGAGGGUCCUUACAGUACCAUUAUUUUGUGCCAGAGGAAACACCUCGAGCAGGUCCCAGGACUUGUGUCCUUGGAAGUAGGUUUAAGGAAUCCCUUUAGAAUGCAUCAACACUCUAACAAUUUAUGAUAUACAAUAAUUACAACACAAAACGUUAUUGCACAAAAUCGCUAACGUGACUGGCGGCGUGACGGUGUCUACGCUGCCUCACAAACAACUGAACUCAAGUCAUCAAAUACCCUCUUAUUUAUAACAACACUGAUACCUUCCCUUGGAACUUGUAACAUUAGCUUACCAGUAUGCGACAGAGACAAAAAUGUAUUUUUUAUGAAACAAUAUUAGACCUACAGUGCAAUGUUGUGCGUUUAUUUAUAGACAAUACACGAGCACAAUUUGUAAAUGUGUGCUGAGGUUCAGUUUGUAAUUUAAAUUGCUUGUGAUUUGUAUAUAAGUAUGAAAUGCUCAGUCCAUCCUAUGCAUUGCAACGUACAAAAGAGAAAUAGCCAUGAUUAAUAUGCCAUAGAGGCAUUUAUCGGAUUUGACGUCAUCAGACAAAAGAUAAUCUUUUUAUUAACUUAACUGUUUGUUACGCUGUUUCUUCGCGUAGUUCCCAUUCUUGUACUAAUACGGGGAUAAAAUAUAACCCAUGACAUUGAGAAAUAACUUGUUUUGGUAAAUAAAUUACAAAAUCGGAACAGUAGCUCCAGAGAUUACCCCCUAGAAAUCAUACAAACUUUACCUCUAUAAAAAUACAAGUAUAGAUUCACGGCUCUGGGUUCUACCAUUUUUAAUCCUGUUGCUGCACCAAAGAUCUGUUAAUAUAUUGCCAAACAAAAAUAUUUUGAAACAGGCGGGUUAUUAUGUCACUUGAUCGGAUCCGUUGCCCGUCAAGUCCCUAGGAUAAAUGUCAGAUUGACAACUUUAAUUAAAUUAAUUUGCUGUCAAACGUAUCCAAUCAAGUAUCACCCCUCAAUUACCCCCCAAAUCAAACAAAGAAUCAAUCGGUGGGCGCAAUGUGUGGUAUGGACUGACUUAAGCAGGUGAAAUCAAGUUUUGUAACACAUUUUUGAUUUGAGGUACUUUACUUUAUCGUGAUGAUAAUGCUUUGUAAAUAAAAUAAAUAUAGAUUUUAUAAGGUUAA